AUGGCCAUCGCAAACCCGCCAAAACCCCAUCGAUUCUUCAUCUGGUCGACUACAUUUCACCCAGACUCUUUCGCGCCUUCGCGCCUGAGCACGACGGACGCGGCAAGUACGGGUAUCAUCUCACUGCCCACUCCCGAGCAUGCCGUCUUCAUGCGAGGGACGCAGCCUACUGCAUAG